CCAGAAACUGCGCUCCACAGCUACAUCUGCCUUUCAAACAAAUGUGCGAUAAUAUCAAGCUUCUUCUAUUUUCAGAUCAAGAAAGUGAUCGAAAGGCGUCAGGAUGAUCAAAAUUACUGCUACAGUUUGAGUCAUAAAUCGAGUAAGCCAUUUGGACAGGAGCAUGAUUAUUCGGAACACGACGAGUUUGUUGGAACCACUCGACCGAGGUAUGAACUUCUGGCCGGUUGCCUGAAGGUGGAUGAUGACAAGGUGAGAAUUCACUUUAUAUGAGU